AUGGCGGCGCCGCGGGGCGCGGCGGCGGAGGCUGGCGUCGUUAGGGUGUUGGAUAAGGACGAGAGGUGCGACGCGGAGACCCCGACAGACAAGAAGUACAGAGCCGGCGGGUACCCGCUCUCAAGGUGGGAGUUUGCGGCGGCCAUGGGGGUGUUUUUGGUAUUUUGCUCCGGGCUGCUGUGUAUCUUCCUCACGAUGCCGGCGUCAGAGUACGAGAUGCUCCGGCUGCCGCGCACCCUUGCCGACCUCCGCUUGCUCAAAGAUCAACUUGCAAGCUAUGCUCGAUUAUACCCGGCAAAGUUCAUCCUGGGCUAUUGUUCGACUUACAUAUUCAUGCAGACAUUCAUGAUACCCGGGACGAUUUUCAUGUCAUUACUGGCUGGAGCUCUUUUCGGAGUCGUGAGAGGCCUUUUCUUGGUCGUUUUUAACGCCACUGCGGGUGCAUCAUCCUGCUAUUUUCUGUCUAAACUAAUCGGGAGGCCCAUUGUCAACUGGUUGUGGCCCGAAAAGCUUAGAUAUUUUCAAGCAGAGAUAGCAAAGCAGAGAGAGAAAUUGCUCAAUUACAUGCUUUUUCUGAGAGUGACUCCCACAUUGCCUAAUCUUUUCAUCAACUUGGCUUCACCAAUUGUCGAUGUCCCGUUUCACAUAUUCUUUCUGGCUACCGUUGUUGGUCUCGUUCCAGCUUCAUAUAUUACUGUCAGGGCUGGACUUGCUCUUGGGGAUCUUAAGUCAGUGAAAGAUUUGUACGAUUUGAAGACUUUAGCUGUACUUUUUCUCAUUGGUUCUGUUUUGUUAAUCCCGACACUUCUGAAGAGGAAGCGAGUAUACGAAUAG